AUGAAGCCAAAGUUUCAUGCAGGACCCUACGAACAAAUUGUCAAUGACAUUGCCAAUUACGCGCAUUAUGCGAAUUUCUCGUUGUGUUGUUUUGCUCUGAUAAUCAAUUUGUUGCACUUAAUAGUUCUGACAAGGAAGUCUAUGAGAACCACUUCUACAAACGUGAUAUUAAUUGGAAUUGCAUUUUCUGAUAUUUGCGCAAUGUCUGCAACAGUUUAUAAACAUUUUGAAAUGGUCGAUGUAGAGAAUCCUGAGUGCUUAACAUCCAAUAAGCUCUGGAAAAUCUAUUUGAACAUGAACGUUUGGGCUCUUCAAUAUCAUUUUCGUCGCUGUAGUUCGUGGCUUGGGGUCUUGCUGGCAAGCGUCAGAUACGUUAUACUAAAAAGUUUAACUGACCGAAGCAAGUUCGCAAAACCAAAAGUUGGAUGGAAACUUUUCAUUGUUGUUCAAUGCGUUAGCGCGACGCUUUCUCUAGUUUAUCAGUUGAGAUUUCAAGUUCUCGAGGACAGAACAAUUCCGCUGCCAAUUAGCUGCGCCGAAUUUCAAGACAUAAACAACGCAUCCAAAUAUACAUUGUCACUGAUACCAUUGUUUCAAAAUAAUAAUCAACUUGUUCUCCGAUUAUUUUACUUGGUUAAUGGCUUAGUAACAAGGGAUCUUCCAUGUGGUGCCUUUCCAAUCCUCACAUUUUUCCUGCUCCGUGAGCUCAGAAAAACAAAGAAACUUGAUAAGGUAUCACAUCGUAGCAAUACUAUUGAUAGAUCCGAAGCACGCCACAAAACCACAAAAUGCAUUGUUUUUAUGACGAAUGCGUAUUUUAUCGCUGAAGCUCCGAUGGGCAUUAUUAGUCUGGUCAAGGUGUUUUUCAAUACGGAUGAUCGUGUUUAUUUGAUCUCUGUUGAUUUGGUAAUAUAUUUCACACUUUUGUUAACCAUCAAUUCCAUCUGCCAUUCAGUGAUAUGCUUUAUGAUGUCAACUCAGUACCGAAAAACUAUCUGGAAAAUGUUUGGAAUUAGAAAAAAGAAGAUUAAUGAAGCUAUAUUUUUUCGCAAUCGUGUGAGCCUUGAAUGA